AUACUUGGUCAGAAGGGCAAAUGAAUGCGGCGGCAUGUGAAGCCACUCGAGUGCGAGGUGCUCGUUUGAUUCAUGGGUGUGUCUGCGGCCUCAAUACUCAAUCGCCUUCUUUCCCGUAAGAACCUGACCGCCAGAACCGAACCCACCGGCGCCAAAGCCGCCGCCACCACAGUCCUCAAAUACCUGAAAGAGGGUCGCCUCCGAAAAGCUGUCUUGGUCCUGUUCGAUUCCCCAUUUCCCUUUCCUCAUCCACUGUACGCUCGCCUCUUCCAAAUUUGCUCUUCCAAUCGCGCACUUGUUGAAGCUCGAAAGGUCGAGUCUCAUUUGGUUACUUUUUGCCCCAAGCCACCGACUUUCCUGUUGAAUCGGGCCAUUGAGGCGUAUGGUAAAUGUGGGUGUUUGGAGGAUGCGAGGGAGCUGUUCGAGGAAAUGCCUCAGAGAGAUGGGGGAUCUUGGAAUGCGAUGAUAACUGCGUAUACGCAGAAUGGGUAUGCUUCAGAAGCAUUGAAUUUGUUUUUGGAUAUGAAUAAAUCCGGUGUUUAUGCUACCGAGAUAACUUUAGCUAGUGUUCUUGGGUCUUGUGGUUCUGUUUUAGCUCUUCACUUUUCGAAGCAAAUUCAUGGGCAUAUUGUUAAAUGUGGCUUUGUUGGCAAUGUGAUUCUUGAGAGCUCGCUUGUUGAUGUAUAUGGAAAGUGUCGGCUUAUGAAUGAUGCACGUAGCAUGUUUGAUGAAAUCCAGAAUCGAAAUGAUGUUUCCUGGAAUGUGAUUGUUAGGCGCUAUCUUGAGGUGGACAAUGGGAAAGAAGCAGUUUCAAUGUUUUUCCAAAUGUUCCGGGAGGCAGUAAUGCCAUUGAGUUUUACUUUUUCCAAUGCUCUCAUUGCUUGUUCAAGUAUGGCAGCUCUGAUAGAAGGCAAGCAAAUUCAUGGCAUUGUAGUUAAAGUAGGUUUGGAAGAAAAUGAGGUUAUUUCGAGCUCUUUAAUUGACAUGUAUAUGAAAUGUGGAACAUUAGUAAACGCUCACCAAGUAUUUACCCAACCUAGUUCAAGAAAUCUUAUUUCUUGGACUUCAAUGGUAUAUGGAUAUGCAAUGUCUGGGGAAGUUCUAAAAGCCAGGGAGCUUUUCAAUGAAAUGCCUGAACGCAAUGUGAUUUCAUGGAAUUCUAUGCUGGCAGGGUAUAUUAAUUCCCGUCAAUGGGAAGAGGCAUUGGAAUUUGUCCACUUGAUGCACAGUUCGAUUAAGGAGGUUGAUCACAUAACGCUUCGCCUGAUAUUGAAUGCAUGUACUGGCCUUUUAGAUGUUGAAAGAGGAAAGCAAGUUCAUGGUUUUGUCUAUAGAAUUGGUUUCUAUGCUAAUCUCUUUAUUGGCAAUGCCCUUCUUGACAUGUAUGGUAAAUGUGGGAACUUGAAAAGUGCCAGAGUUUGGUUCUACCAAAUGAGUCAAUGGCGGGAUAAAGUUUCCUGGAAUGCACUACUCACUACCUAUGCUCGCCAUGGCUUGAGUGAACAGGCUAUGACAAUUUUCUCAGAGAUGCAAUGGGAAACAGCUCCUAGUAAAUUUACCUUUGCAACUCUUUUAGGAGCCUGUGCAAACACUUUUGCGUUAGAGCAAGGUAAACAAAUCCAUGGCUUCAUGGUUAGAAAUAAUUAUGAGAUAGAUAUCGUAGUUAGCGGAGCUUUAGUCGAUAUGUACUGCAAAUGCCGCCAACUUGACUAUGCUCUCAAGGUUUUUGAACACGUGGCUUCACGCGAUGUGGUUCUGUGGAACUCCAUUAUCUUAGGAUGUUGCCACAACAGAAGGGGUAUGAUAGUAAUCAAACUAUUUCAAUUGAUGACGAUGGUGGAAGGCAUUAAACCGGACCAUGUAACCUUCCAAGGUAUUUUGCUUGCUUGUGUGCAUGAAAAUCUCGUUGAGUUAGGUAGGCAGUAUUUCGAUUCAAUGAGUGAGAAGUUCUGUAUCAUACCUCGAUUAGAGCACUACGAAUGCAUGAUUGAGCUCUAUGGACGACAUGGAAACAUGGAUGAGCUCCAAAAAUUUAUCAACAAUAUGCCCUUUGAUCCCACUGUUCCAAUGCUGGAAAGAAUCCUUGAUGCAUGUAGGAAACACGGACACUCGAGGUUGGCAGAAUGGGUAACCAUACGACUCAACAAGCAGAACUUUCUUUAAAUACCCACAAAGACUGUUGUGUGGAUUCCGGAUCCAAAGGGUAAAUUCUCCACCAAAUCUUUUGCCUAAAUGAACACAUCUCUUCCGGAUCAUGUUACCCCUAAAUGGACACUCGAGGUUGGCAGAAUGGGUAACCAUACGACUCAACAAGCAGAACUUUCUUUAAAUACCCACAAAGACUGUUGUGUGGAAUCCGGAUCCAGAGGGUAAAUUCUCCACCAAAUCUCUUGCCUAAAUGAACACAUCUCUUGUGGAUCAUGUUACCCCUCUUCAUAAGGAAAUAUAGACUGACUUUUACCCCCAGAAAAAAUCAAAAUUUUCCUUUGGGAACUCAGCCAUUGUGCUAUUAAUACUGGUGACAACCGCACAUGGCUCUCUCACCACACUGCUACACCCUUUGCAAGCCUGCCCAUGAGACACCAAGCCACUUGUUUUUUAGCUGUAUUUUUGCCAACAGUUUUUGGAAGGAGUUCGCACACUCCUUUGGCUGGUCGACUGCACUACUUAAGGAGAUUAUCACCCUCCUCACAUACACCCUCACUGGCCACCCCUUCACAGAUGGCAAGCGAGCCAUGUGGAUGCACCUUUUUUAGGGCCUUUUUGUGGAGCAUUUGGAUUGAAUGGAACGACUCUCUUCAAUGAAAAAGGAAGCGCCUAUGAUAGAUUUUUUUUUAAUGUUUUAUCUUUCAAUAGCUCCUAUAGUUUUUCCCUCCUUUCGACCAAUUGGAGAAGUCUUUUUGGAACUCCUUUGGUUGGGUUUAUCGCCCGUCUUUUAUAAAUUCCUCUCAGCUCAUGCCAUCAUGGUUCGAAACCACUGUGGAAAGUUGUCUCAUUCAUUGUAGAAUCUAAAGUUUUCGGCUACCUGCUCAAUAGCAUCAACAAUCAAAAAGAAAUUUAGAUCCAAGGUCUGAAUGAUAAGAGGCCAAGGUAUUAUUUCUCAUUACGGCAUCAAGUGUUUGCUCUAGGCGCUCAAUGAGAAGAAACCAGGAUCUUGAUCUACCCAACCUGUUGAUUGUUAUAAUCCCCACCCCACAAGUCAAGUCAUUCAUGAACUAAGCUAUCAAUGCUUAUUUAAACAGGGAAACUAUGAAGCGAGUCCAUCGAGGUAUCGUUAAGGGUUCAAAGCUUGCUUUCUGUAAUUUGAACAAACAAGAACAACAAACUUGGGUGAUACUUGGCGUUUCUGCUUGAAGGGUCAGCUGUUUUAGUUGCCCUGACUCAUAUAUAUAUAGCAGAACAGGAGCUGAUUCUUUAUUCUUUUAACAUAUAAUGGAAAAUGAGAUAAGAACAGAUCAUGACAAACACUUAGCUGACUGAAAAGUCACUUUAAUUUUAAUAUCCCUUGUGCUUUAUUUUGGCUCGGCUUAUUCUUGUUGGUGAGAGAUAGGAUAGAUUACUAUAAUUUCUAGAACUGAUAUUGUAUGUCAAAGAACAUAAGUUCAAGAAUUUUGUAUUUUUUUUUAAAGUAAUAA